ACUUGCAGACAUAGCCGAUAACUGUUGUGUCCUGUUAAGACGGCAGCAGUUUUCAGUGGAUUUUCGUUGUGUUUAUACGUUGCGGAUGGUUUAAAAAUGUUAAAAUUGGCAUAAAAGUAUGUAAUUCAACAUGAAUAAUUAGGAAAAUACUAAAAUUCGUUAUAACAAAAUGAGUAGCAAACCAAAUAAUAGAAUGAGCAGAGAAUAAAUUAAAAAUUGCGACAUUGUUAAAGAAAUCCUAACUCUGGCUACGAAAGUAUGAAAAAAUAGGGGUGUCUGCGAUAUACCGAGUGAAUAACUGCUUGCAUUUUUGUCCAAUUGACUGCAAGGCGGCUGCCUGUGUAGUCUACAUAUAAAAUCCAGUUUGCAUAUUUAUCCUGUUGGAAUGAAGAAAAAACUUCACAGCGCUACUGGGUGAAGAAUUAUGGUGCAUGUAAAACCGGAGCAAUACCCAUUCCUAACGUAGCGAAACUUACGAAAAAUCGAUAUUCGCUGAAAUAAAAAGAGGACGAGGCAGCCGCGCUCUAGGAAAAGUAGGUACCUAGUCAUUUGCGCGUUUCCGAUUACAUGAAUGGACAAGCAUAUCCAGGCGGAACAAACAACUAACUGAUGUGUGUGUGUGUGUGUGCAUAUAAGACAAGAACAUAAAAAUAUACUCUUAAAAGCCAACAUAAAGUAGUCCUUUGCUACGGUUUAUUUGUAUCGGCGCUCUAUGUCAUAAAUUCCUUUAGUCGCGUGCUCAAUUAUAUGUAUGUAUGUAUAUAUUUUUGGAAUUCCCUUGGUGGACAUCGCAUAACAAACACCUACGUACAUCUACUACAUAUGUACAUAUAUAGACCUCACUGCCAUUAACAUAGGAAGGAACUACUGGCAGGAUUUUUCCAAAACUGUGGCACCCUUAUCUACUUAUCCAUACCUUACAACUGCCUCUUUUGUGUACGCAAUUUGCAUUCAACGCCCACAUUUUUUCUGUUCAUCUGCUCCAAAUGAGUCAUGCGCGCCGAAAAGUUUUCGAAUGCUACAAACGAUUUUAAAACAAAAAGAAAAAACAGUGAUUUGUUGGAAAAAGUAAUUUAAUAGGUCCAUUUUGACCGCUUUGCAAAUGUGAAUGCAUACCAGCUAAACUUUAAAGUGUUCAUUUUUGGUUAAUAUUGCUUCUGAGUAAAGUGACUACCCGCCCGUAUUCAAAAUGAAAACUCGUCUCGUUUCGUUAACUUAUCGCGGCACCGCUUCCGUGGAUCCGCGCUACUCCGCUGCCAUGCUGCCAUGGACCAUCAAUGAUAUUCGGUCCACUGAGAGCUACUCGAAGCUCUCGGUUGGCAUCGAAAAUGGCGUACUGGAAUCGUACAACUCCGAUUUCGAAUUGCAAUUCAGUCAUCCACUCAAGCAUAUUGUGGGCAUGUGCCGCAUCGUUCAUAAGCAGAACAGCACAAAAAGCGCUGGCAAUGGUUUUCUUCAGCUGAAAGCCUUCACUGCCGUUGGCAAUAGCGGCAAUACGAGUGUCUUGAAGUCAGUCAACACUGGUGGCCCCUUAACCACAUCCACUUCAUACGGUUCACUCUCCACGAGCGCUGCGUUACGUGAACGAGAGCGGGAGCGUGAACGUGAACGUGAAAAUGCUUUGGCGGCUGCAAAUGGCGCUGACUGUGGUUCUAAUGAUGCGGCGAAUGGGGGGAAUGCAAAUAAUUUCAUGGAAUUCUUGGGCCCCAUUACUGGGCUGGUGUACUUGAUGAAGGAUCCGCGUGAUCCGCUGUUGCAUAUUUAUCUUUUCGAGUGUGAUGCAGUGGAAGAGAUGGCCGAGUUAAUGCAUCAAAUGCGUGAUCCGGCGCACACGCUUGGCGGCUCUGUGGGCAGCAUACCUCAGACGUUCGUCGCCAAUAGCAGCGGCAAUGAUAUGUCCAUGCAACGCGCACUCACCGGCAGCGGCAACGGCAUACACACCACGCCGGCCACCAAUCUCAAACUCAGCGAAUCCGUACGCAAUGCUCAACACGAUGCUAGUCCCAAUAUCGUCUCAUCAAAGAUGAAGUCAUCUAAAUCGUAUACGCAUGGCUUAAGCAAUUCAGCAGGCACAGUGCACAUUCCAACGUCUACCUCCGCGCAGAGCAACCUAUCGCUGCUGGCCGAUAUCUCGCCCAAUCACACGCACUUCUUCGAAGUUAUGUAUGUGGGUAAAAUUCGUGUCUCACACAAGCGUGUGCCCUUCUCGUUCAUCGAUGAUGCCUUGCCCAAGUUCAAGGCGUACGAUGCACAACGCACGCGUCUAAUGCAAUUGACCGCCACCGCUUCGCCCUCAACUGUGGGCGCAUCGGCACAACUUGCAACAAAUCGGAAACUUUCAUUGAAUGUAGAGUGCAUGAGCGCCAAUGCCAACGCCAACGCCAAUGCCAAUGCCAAUAUUAGCGCAAUAACUUUUGACCUUAAAAGUACUUCGCUCAAAGAGAGUGAUGCAGAAACCACAGAAACGGAGGCAGAGACAGAGGCGGAGACGGAGGCAGCUACGGAGACAGAAGCGGAUGUGAAACAGCAGGAUGCGGCAUCCCGAAAAAAUGUGGAAACGGCAAUUCUAGAGUUUACGGGGCAGAAAAGCGUUGCAGACGAAGAUGUUACACAAGUGGCAGAGGAUGAGCAAAAAAUGGCGAACAAAGAGAAUAAAUCACCGAAACGAUUAUUGCGCGGCAUUAGUCAGACAGAACUUCUCGUGAAGAAAGAUGGCACGGUCAAGGUUGAAAAGGAGGUCAACUCAGCUGAGCUGCCAGUUGCACCGAAUGUUAUAAUCAACAAACAUCCAUCACCGCCACGUCAAGCGCAGGAGGAAACAAAGGAGCUGGCCCAGCAAAAGGAAGAAACGAUAGCAGCAGCAACACAACAACAACCCACAAUACCACAACAGCCAGCCUAUGCAACGCUCGAUACCAUCCCUAAGCAACGUGAUCGCUCCGCUUCCUAUGGCUGCAUUCCACCUUAUGUAGAACAGAAUCGCACCAUGGUCUUCCUGGUGGGCCGCUGCGAUUUGCGUCUCAUCUCACCAGAUCGCAAACAAGUGUUGCUCUACAAAGACUUCAAGGAUGUUGCUAGCUGUGCUCAAGGUCAAAAGAACCCCGAUCACUUCGGCAUCAUCUGUCGUGAGGUGCACAAUGAUGGCUACAUUGGUUAUGUCUUCAAAUGUCAGUCGGAUCACGUAUGCGACGAUAUAGUGGCGGCCAUAUCGCAGGCGUUCGUCACAUGCGCCGAACAAAAGAAGAAGGAGGCUACACAGAUAUUCUCGUGCGAGCACUGCCCCAUGUUGUGGUACCACAAACUGUGCACCGACAUUGAGGGUUUGAGUGAGAAGAAGACACAAGCAAUGGUAUUUCGUCGCAUAGAAUCGCUCACCGAUGAUGAGCAGGACAUGAUUUGGGCCAAGUACUAUGGAUCGGAGAAGACAAGCUCACCACUGGCGGAACAAAAUCAAUUUUUAAUGAUGUUAUUACGCGCGCAUUGCGAGUCGCGUCAGCAGCGGCACGUACACGACACAGCUGAAAAUCGUUCGGAAUUUCUGAAUCAAUACUUAGGCGGUAGCACAAUUUUCAUGAAAGCUAAGCGUUCGCUCACCAACUCAUUUGAUCACCUGUUGAAGCGCAAGGCAUCAAAGGAUGAUAUUGGUGUGCCGCAUGGCCUGCGCGAUCACCAAGUACGUGAGAAUUCUGCCGAACCCCAACCGGCGGUUAGUCGUAGCGGCAAUGAGACUCCACCGGAGGGAUUCCGUUCGCGUUCGAAUACAAUUGGCAGUGCGAGUCCGAGCAAGCCUAACGCGGAGCACUUAAAGAGUCCCAUGAUGGAUAUAUUUAUUAAGGUUGGCAACAGUCCGAAAGAAUCGGAGGCACAUAAGGCUUCAUGGCGCCAUGCGAUUUUAAAUAGUGUGGUGACACCUUCAAAGGGCAUGGACGGCGAUGUGCAGAAUGAAUUUAUGUCGCCGAUGAGGAUUACCAAACGCAUUCGUGGCAAGCGAACUCGCGAAGAACUGCGCGAUCUUUGGAAGACCGCUAUUCGUCAGACUAUCCUGUUGAAUCGCAUGGAAACCGAGAAUGCCAUGUUGCAGGCGCGUCAAAAUGAAAAUGAGCUCAAACGUAUCAAACUCGACUACGAAGAGAUCGUCCCAUGUGACAAGCAACUAAUCGAGCGCUGGGAGCAGAUCAUUGAGCGCGACUCCAUGAAGAUCAGCAAUAAGAAAGAUCCUAAAGUGUUGGCACAAGCGAUUAAAUGUGGCGUACCACGUUCGAAACGGGGCGAUGUUUGGACCUUUCUCGCCGAUCAGCAUUCCAUGAAUACAGCGCCAGUAGACACAAAGAAAUUCCCCAAUUUCAACACCCCCUAUCAUACAUUGCUGAAGAAUCUCACCGAACAUCAGCAUGCCAUCUUCAUAGAUCUGGGACGCACCUUCCCCAAUCACAAGUUUUACAAAGAUCCACUAGGGGUAGGGCAAUUGUCGCUAUUCAAUCUGCUAAAAGCUUAUUCUAUACUCGAUCCAGAGCUUGGCUAUUGUCAGGGUUUGGGUUUCAUAUGUGGCAUAUUGUUGUUGCAUUGUGAUGAGGCAGAUGCUUUCCAAUUGCUCAAACAUCUCAUGUUCCGACGUCAGAUGCGUACCAAAUAUUUGCCAGAUAUGAAAAAAUUCCAAUUGCAGCUUUACCAGCUUUCACGUCUCGUCAAAGAUCAUCUACCAGAACUGUAUAUUUGGCUGGAUCAGAACGAUGUCUCGCCAACAUUAUAUGCCGCACCUUGGAUUCUCACUGUUUUCAGCUCACAAUUUCCUUUGGGUUUUGUGGCACGCGUUUUCGAUUUGUUAUUCCUCGAGUCAUCGGAAGUGAUUUUCAAAUUCGCUAUCGCUUUGCUGACUGUACACAAAGAUGAGUUGCUGGCACGUGAUAACUUUGAGGAAAUUAUGGAUUAUUUGAAAACAGUGGUACCGAAAAUGGAAUCUAAUACAAUGGAGAAAAUUAUGAAGUUGGUAUUCACUUUGGACGUCAGUAAGCAAUUAACGGAAUAUAAUGUGGAGUACAAUGUGUUGCAAGAAGAGAUCUCAACAGCCAACCACCAUUUGGAGAUGUUGAAUAGAGAAAAAACACGGAAUAUGCAUCUGGAACAACAUCUGCAGUUCGCUCAAUCGUCGAUCGCACAGAUCGAAAAGACACGCUUCUCCCAACAGACCCAAAUCACAUCGCUGCAAACGCAGGUGCAAUCGCUCGAACUGACGAUACAAACACUCGGUCACUUCAUCGCUCAGUUGACUGAACAAAACGUGGAACUGGAAUUGCCCGGCGAUGUACGUCGCAUUCUGCAACAAUUAGACGAUUUGGAACGUCAACGUCGCAAACCACAUUUCACUGAACGCAAAAUCGGUAAAUCCGUAUCGGUCAACAGUCACUUGGGGUUUCCACUAAAGGUGUUAGAAGAGUUGAACGAAAAAGAAGAACAUGGUUCGCCACAAAAGAAGAAGGAGAAGACACCUUUUUUUGAACACACCUACGAACAACUGCGACAGCAACGCAACCUACAACAACAAGGCGGUCAAACAUCACCAACAGCACAAACAGCAAUGCAGCAACGUAAAUUACUGAGUAGUGCUAGCAGCUCGUUGGAUGAAAGUCAAGAUCAACAUAAACAACAACCACAAACCCAGCAGCAGCAACAACGGCCAAAUCGACUACUAGACUCGCCGGACAAGCAAAGUAAGCUGACCGAACUCAAGUUGCCCGAUCAGCUGGAGCAACUGCUGAGCUCUGCCAACAUGCGCAGUCCCAUAGAGGUGGACAGCGGCGUAGGUACGCCACUCAGUCCGCCCAGCACCAGCAGCAAUAGCAGUAGUAGCGGCCUCAGCACAGCCUCUAGCGGUGGCGGUGGCAGUCUUUUCAGUCGCAUGGGUUAUAAAAAUACACCGACGGCGCUUUCGCCGCUUAGCAACCGGCAGAUAUUAUAUGGCGCGGGAAGUGGGACUACAGCAAGCAGCACAACAAAAGUAAUAGGUGGCGGCAGCGGCAGCGGUGUCGGCAAAGUGGUGCCACCUGUAUCCAUUAUUUUGCCCACUGAGCAACCACAGUGGGGUGCGGAAAAUGCAGAGAUGCAUCCACUCAGCAUGGUCGGUGAGGUAAAUGUGCGUUUUAAUGGUACUACCCAACUGAAAUCAAUACGACCCGUGCAUCACAUGCGCCCCAUGAGUACUGUAGCAGCAGGAGUGGCUGCAGCAACUGCCACAGCGCUGCAACAAACGGGUGGUGUUGAUGAGAACAGCAGCAGUGACAGUAACAUUCAGGCGCCAAAUGCAGCUGCGACGAAUGUGCUCAGCUAACGGUUUUGAUUCAUAGCGAAAAUUUUGCGUAGCUUCUAUUAAAGAAAUAAUAUAGCAAAGGAAAGACAAACAAAAAUAGAGAAAAAACAGAAAACUUUAGCGAACACUGCGGUGAUUUUUCGAUUUUAAGCGGAAAGUUAUAAAGCGAAUCAAAAGUAAGAAACGGUGGUUUAAGCGGGUAUUUUUUUUUUCAAAAGUUGACCACUGGGAAGAUUUUGCCUAAAUUAAUUUUAAAAGUGAUUCUUCUUCUUGAUUGGCGCGAAAACCGCUUACGAGAUUUUGGCCGAGUUUAACAAAGCGCGCAAGUCGUUUCUUUCUCGUGCUAACCGGCGCCAGCUGGACACACCAAGUGAAGCCAAGUCCUUCUCCACCUGAUCUUUCCAACGCAGAGGAGGCCUUCUUGUCCUCUGCUACCACCAGCUGGUUGGGCAUCGAAUACUUUCAGAGCCGAAACGUUUGUUUCUAUCCAGACGCAUGAACCAGCUAACGAAGCCGCUGAUUUUUUAUUUAAAAGUGAUUACCGGCAAUAAUAAACUUUUGCACUGGCAUUCAGGAUCGCGCUUCACGAAAAUUUCACCUGUAAAUUUCGAAUUGUACUUGAACGUUUUUUAGAGUCAUAGUUCAAAACUCUUUCGCAGGUCUAAAAAAUGCAUAACAAUAUUUAAAAAUUAUAAAAGCAUUUAUUGGCCUGCCGUAGCGAAUGGAUAUCCUUUCGCAGAUACGGAAAAUAUUAGAAAAAAGUUGUUUUACCGUUUUUUAUUACAUUUUAUGAAUGGAGUAAUAAGUAUGCAAAAUUUCACUCCACACACUCGCAUAUUUCGAUUCACGAAGCUUUAUUGAGAGGCCAUACCCGGGCAUUACUUCCCAGAAUAGUCGAUUGCGUUACUGGAACGACCCGGAUUUAAGUCUGGCCAAAUACUGUCACUUCAGCAGAAUACCCCAAAAAACUUAUGGGGAAUGUUUUUUACUGUUACAACAACAACAACGACAAUAACGGACUGUGACUUGGUAUAAAUAGAAGAAUUAAUGGUUUGCCCAAUUAUUUCCGCUUUCAAAACGAAAAUCACCGUAGUUAAAAGCAACAAAAAAAGUAAUUGAGCUUCAUGCGCUUAAGAGAAAUCUAGCAAAAAUUGAGAAUAUUGUGAUUGUUUGAAACUCGUUAAUAGGCUACUUGAAAGCGAAUGAGUAAGGCUACAGAAAUGCUUUUAAAUGCCGCUAUUAGAAUUGAUAACUUUAAUAAAAGCACCUACGCUACACAAUCGCUAUGCAAAAUCACCAAAAAUCACAACAAAAAAAUUAAGAAAUAUUCGAAAAUAUUCAGACAGCUAUGUGUGUAUAGUAUGUAUGUAUGUAAGAGUUAAGAUAUUUCCGCUAGAAUUGUGUUGUGUAACCUCUAAGCAUAAGGUAUGAUUUUUUUUAAGUACUCAAUGAUAGGUGAAAACUAUUGAAAGUGAUUGCUCAGCCCAAAAUAGGUGAUGGUAGUUCAAAUAGUAUGGCGCUUUACAGUUCAAAAAUGUAAUGCAGCUGGCAAGGUUUAUUAGGCAGACCCGAUGAGAAAGAUCCGAAUUGUCGUUAUUAUAUUAUAGCUGUAUAAAAUACUGCUGCAGUGACAUUUCUUGGUCGAAUAUCAAAUUUUCUUUGCGAGCCUGGAAAUUAUUUCAUUAGUGCAUGACCACCAUGCGAUUGGUGUCAAGUUCUCUGCCCAUUAUGGGCAUGAAACGUCAAAUGAUAGAAAGCCUUUUCCAAUAGGUAAGCCGCCGAGUGUAUUUUUGCCAUGGAAAGCUUGUUAUAAAUAUCGUCUAGCACAAAACUACAAAGACUUGAAGUUGUAAGUCCCUCGCCACAAACCAUUAAAGUAGGUUAUACUCUGAAAUUGUAUAUAGGUAUGGCCAAAAUAUAAACGCCCACUUAGUACAGUAUUUUCUUAGAGUAAAUUGUUUAUAAAAUCGGCGUAAUAAUUUUGAUAUUUUUCGUUGGGGAAAGGAGAAGGGAAGGUGGGUAAAAUGAAGAACGGACUUUGAAUUAGGGGAUGACAACCAGCAGUGGCGUUUUGUGUUCGUAUUAACCGAUUCAAGUUACUGAUGAAUUUCACCAUAUUUGUGAUAUUUAAACCCGCAAUAUCUGCAGAUGUACCGAAAAAGUAAGAGCCCAGAUGUCUAAACAUUUGUCCGACCAAAUCAAGCCAGCUGAGAAGAAGGUGCUGAGAUGAUUCUGCCUCGUCCUCUAGCCAGCUUGUGCAGAAAGGACUUGAAACAAUUCCAAGCCUCGCCGCGUGGACAAUUUCCGGUUGCCGGUGAGCAAGUAAUCCACUGUUUCCUUCAUUGCGACUACUUCCGCUUAGAAAACACUACAGUGGUCCGGAAGCCUAAAGUUGAGCUUAACUCAACUCUUCCGUCCAACUUCGAGUCAUCCGUAAACAUGUUUGCCAUGCCGUGCAUUCAAAUGUUACACACCGCUCACCCUUCCUUUGAGGAAAUAUGAAUGGAAAAAGUUCCGCUCGCACUUAGCGAGGGUGUACAAUGAUCCAGCACCAUGGAGAUGAACUCAAAGAUUUUAAGAAUUUUAGAGCGUCCGUAUCUGACAUCUAGCUUAUGGCCAGAACACCUCAAUCUGACUGCGGCGCAUGCAGCGGCAGUUUUUCCUGCAAUGUGCAGGGGUACCACAUUCAGCAAAGCGUUGAAGCGAAGCGCCCCUCUGAUUCUUCACCACGAGCAGCAAGCCAUUUCGAAUGGGGAAGCGGAUUCCCACUCACACCCCCUGGGACAAUGCUCAAUGUCGACUCCGAUUUCCCCUCACAGUUCCGCCCAGAGUCCCGCCAGAACCGUGCCGGCAUACUCAACACACGACCCGCUUGUGAGAGAUACUAAGGCAUGAUACUAUGCAUCCUUUUACUUGGCCGUUCAAACCAAAUCAUCUAAUACUAGCACCUCUUUCCCGUUGGUUCUUGGACUUACCAUUGAGUGGCACUGUCGACGACAGUAGAUGAUCUAACCGACACAGGCAGGGUUUUAAUGAGCUAAUAUAACAGCAACAACUUUCUUGCUUAGCUUAGGGUACACAUUUGCAUUUCGCAUUACCCUAGUAGCCCUCUGGGCUCAGUACUCUCUAACGAUAGUUGUCACAAAUCAUUUCUCAUUUGAUAGAUUGCUUUAGAAUUUCAGUUACACAGCAAAUAAUCCAACCAAUUGGACAAUUUUAUUGGGACUAGUCACUAUUGUUUUACUAUAAGACGGCAUUCAGGAAGAAAACUGAAAAUUUAAAUAAGUAUUUAUAUGUACAACAAAUUUCUUUGCAGUUGUUUAAAAUUCUAUCUGCAAU